AUGGCAGCCAGGAUAGUUGAAGAUUUUUAUGUGGACAAUGCCCUGUUCGGCUUUGAUGAUAUUUCUCAUGCAACAGAGGCACAAACACAGCUGAUUAAGAUGUUGAAGACGGGUGGAUUCGAGUUGCAUAAGUGGGCUUCAAACUGCCCAGAGCUGCUGCAAAUUAUCCCGGAAGCUGAUCGUGAAGAGCUUACCUGUGUUGGAGGAUCCGUAAAUGAGGUCAUCAAGGCAUUGGGAUUGCUGUGGGAUCCCACAAUGGACCAGUUGCUUUUUGUUUCACCAUCAGCAGUGCCCUGCAAGCUACCGACAAAGAGGCAAGUGCUUUUGCUAGUCGCGAGUAUGUUUGAUCCGACUGGAACUGCUGCGCCUGUGGUUCUUAUAGGAAAAUUGUUGAUGCAGCGAAUCUGGGAAAGAAGAGUUGGAUGGGAUGAACCAAUACCGACCGAUUUAGUGAAAGAUUUCGAAGACUUCCUGGAAGCAGUGUGUGAUGUCAAUAUGAUCCGAAUUCCGCGUAUGGUGGUGAUAACAAAUGCUUCUGCUUAUGAGCUUCAUGGUUAUGCAGAUGCAUCCCAGUUUGCGUAUGGAGCCUGUGUGUAUGUUAAAUCCAUUGUCUCUGGAGAACCUCCAGUAGUGCGAUUAUUGUGUGCCAAAUCUAAAUUAGUCCCGAAGUCAGUUCUUACGAUUCCACGCAAAGAGCUUUGGCUGCUCGUUUGCUGCACCGUUUAG